CAUGGAGCGGAGCGGGCCGUUGCUGGCGCAGGAGCUGAGGCGCUGGGCGGCCGAGGAGAUGAGGCUGCCGCCGGGCAAGAUCCCCUCCGAGAGCGCCGCCCGCCGGAUGUGCUCAGGUCAAUGUGCCGAGAUCUGGAACUACGUCAUCCGCCACGUUCGCCACCAGAGGAACGUGAAGAAGAUUCGGGGGAACUUGCUAUGGUAUCAGCAAAUGGACGAGACUGAGGGCAAACCCAGUGGCUCGGAUUCGGAAAAGGAGCGCCGUAAGCAGCUGGUUCAGGGCAUCGCCCGCCUGCGGGGAGAGCUGGAGCAGAUCGACCUGCAGAUCAAGUCGGCUCAGCGCGAGCUCGCAGCUGACGAGGUCACUGCGGAGGUAGCCCAGGAGGAGAUUCGUGACACCAAGCGCCGUACGUUGCUGCUGAAGGCCUACUCAGCCCGGGUCGCAGCGGAGCGCCAGCAGCUGAAGACAUGGGCGGUGCAGGUCAAGGGGCGUCUGGAGCAGCUCCAAGAGAUGGAGAGGAAGGCCAAGACGGUGGUGGCGUUGGGCGGCAGAAGAGCCCCUGAGGCAGGAUUCCCCAGUUUGGAGCCUGAAGUUCUGCGCGACGUCCAGGAAGCCUGCCGCCUGCGGUUCCUCUUCCUGAAGACCCUCUUUGAGCGCAGCGUGUCUGGGAACUUCCCCAGCGGGAUGAGCGAAGAGCAGUUGAGCAUGUCCUACCAACACUGGCUGAGCGUCGUGGAGAAGCUCGCCGGUUCCCACCCACCUGCCCACAUCCUCUCGGCGCUGGAGCACCUGGCACUCCAGAGCACCCGCCAGUUGCAGGAGCUCACAGAUGGCAUCGACAUCCCUCGCGACGUGGAAGCACUGAAGUUCCGCUACGCCAGCGCCCACCUGGAAGACGUCUCAGAUGCGGUGGAUGACCUGCCCUCCGUCCAGGGACUUAUACAGGGCUGGAGUGAGUGUGAGAUGCUCUGUGUGCAGCAGCUCCCCCUGCAGGCCAAGGAGAAGCAACUUGCGGUGCAGCUCGAAGCUGUCGUCCAGGCGAUGCACCGUCUUCUAUCCGACGGCUCAGAGCGUUCCAUCCUGGCCAGAGCUGUUUUCGAGCUGGAGCUGCGGGCAGUGAAGUUGCGGGGGUACAGGGAUGGGCUGCUGAACGGCUGCCGGGCCUUGGAGGAAGCGGUGAGGUCCCGUUAUGAAGAGCUGCAGGGUUUGCAAGCCAAGCGUCAGCGCAUCCUGGACUUCCGCCACCUGGUGAACGAGAAGCAGCAGCAUAUCCGGACUCUCAUCAAAGGCACCUCCUACAUUAAAUCUCAGCUGCGCAAGGACCAGGCCGAGAUCCAGGACUUCAUAGAGAAGAAGCUGCUGCCUCAAGAGCAGCAGGUGGAGCUGGAAGCCCAGCGGCUGCACAACAGGGUCGAUCGGGAGGUCCAGCAGUUCCGGAGCAUCGCCCUGCCAUGCUUGCUGCGCCGGGAGCUGCCCGGGCCCCAGCACAUCCCGGCCCACGAGCUCUCGAUCCAUCGCCUGAACCGGACUGCACCGGCUGAGUACCGGGCCUUUAUCAACGUUUACAACGGCACUUGCUUCCCCCUCUACAAGGGCCCUGAGCAGCUCCUCUCCCACGUGGCGGAGCUGAAGAAGGCUCUCCUCUGCCUGCGUACCCAACUGGGCUCGAAACAGAGGACCAUGAAUAGCCUGCAGCACCAGCUGGAAAACACUCCGGAGCCUAAUGUGCAGGCCCUACUCCAAGAGGUGGAGGCCCACGACGGGGAGCAGGCCCGUGCACUGCUGCCCCGGCUCCUGCGGGUGACGGACCAGUGCAAGUAUCGCAUAGAACGUUGGCCGGAGGUGCAGGCCAUGGUUGACGCCUGGUGGGAACAACCCGGGCAGUUUGUGCUCCCCGGCGAACGCCGCUUUGGCCGCACUCUCCAGCAGUGGCUCGAGCACUGGACCUUGGCCGCCAAGGCGGUGCAGCAGAGGCAGCAGCAGCACCGCAGCUGGGUCUGA